GUCAUUAUUACCUUCCCCAGUAGAGUGGGCGUAUUUUACAUGGUGCCGAAACCCGAUUACGAAUAAUACAGGGAACCUAUCGAAGUCUGUCGCCGGCGUGUGGCGGCCAUUUUUUCAGUGCAGCCAACAAAUUUCUCGCACUGACCACUCAUUAUUGACUAUACAGCUGCCCGACUAAGAAAUCCCAAUAUCGAACUUGUAUGCCUGAUAGUCUUUGUCUCGAACAACUUAAACCUAGUGGCCUGGCCAGAUAUUAAUCUCGUCGCCAGUGUCGCCACCUAUUCGAAACCUUUGUCGAACUGCAACUUUGCGAGAAAAAUUGCGCCAUAAAAAUUCUUGCAGCAUCAGUCUCGAACUGCACUGCAUACAGUGUCCCACGCCGUAAAUAAGGACCAAGUUGAAUCAGAACUCUACUACCGAACAACUUUCUGAACAGUCCCAAUAAUAUCGUUUUCCCAUUCGAACUAUUUGGAUUUGGACAUUUGAUUCGGUUGCCAUCCUUUCACGCUUAGCUCGAACCCCAAUCGAACUCUCGAGCAAGCUUACGGCUUAAUCGAAGCAUGGCCGACGAAAACGUUGUUGACCCGCCCGCCCUAUUCGGCAUGCGAACAAAUGCCAAGCGUAGACACACGAACCUUCUGCGGCAAGCAAGAGAGUUAAUAAACAUCAACGCCACGCGAGAAGAAUUCGAAGCGUUCAUGCCAACUCUCGAACUGGCGCACAGUAAUCUCGUUCACAUUCACGAACGAUACGUGGCCGCCGCACAACUUGACGAUGGUGAACUGCACGCAGCAGCCACCUACUUAGAAAGCAUCAACAAUCUGCAAGCCGCAUGUGCUCAAGCAGUCGCUGCCGCCUUACGAAGAACAGCCCCUCGACGCGCAUGGAACAUUUCCAACACCGUGGUCCGUGAGCUCAGUCAAAAUGUAUCAAUUCCCCAACCUAAUCAAGAGAUCGACGCUGUGAGCAUCGUACCAGAGCCGCAACAGCCAAACGGCCCACCACAGCCGAACCAAGACCAUCGAUCGAAUGACACGCAGCACGACACCUUAAAUCACGUAAAUUUCGACCUUCACACAGCAGCAAAACAACGCAAAAUCGAUCUUGAAUUUCGAUUGAAGCAAGCAAAAAUAAAACAGGAUCGUGAACUCAAAGAUCUAGAGCUCAAAAACGCGCGGGAACGAGAAGACCUGGAACUUGAAAUUCAGUAUGAAAAUCACUUGAUCGAGAGCUGUGGUGGUGCAAUUGGAUCACCGCAAUUAUCGUCCACACCCAACUUACCAAGCAACGUCCCGAUGAAUGAUUUGGUUAACCUUCCGCUUCUGCCAGCUGUCGUUAACUCGACUCCACCGACGCAACCUAAUUUUGCCCCGUCGCAUCAUUGGCUGAAGCUAGACGUGGCAAAAUUCAAUGGAGACCCCCGUAAAUGGCUUAAAUACGCCCACGGUAUAAGAGCAACGAUCCGAGAUGUAAAUAUGCCCGAAUCGCUGAAACUUCUGGGGCUUCAAGAAAGUUUGAAGGAAGACAUCCAGCGUCGUGUCGCUCAUAUUUUCACGGGUGCGUACACUUUUCAAUCGGCUUGGGCCGAGCUAGAAAAAAAAUAUGGAAGCCCGCACCUUAUCAUACAAGCGCACGAUCAGCAUAUGCAGCAGCUCCCUUCAUUCAGAAACGGGGACUUUAACGCACUCUUUAAUUUGGCCGCUGCAGUACGCGACGCCUUUUUAAGCGUAGAUGAAAGCCACGUCAUGAUGUUCAACACCGUCGCCAACUUACUUCAUACCAAAUUGCCGAUCAACUUACAAACAGACUGGGGAAAAUAUGCUUAUGGUUUAGACAGAAUGGCCACCUUAAAAGAUUUCGACAAAUGGAUCGAUCGCGUGCUCAGCGCUGAAGAACUUCGUGGCGGAAAGCUAUCGUCAUCCAACGCAAUGAACGCUGUUAAAAACCCCGUUCAGCCUUCAAAUAGCAACCGUCAGUUGGGCAGCUACACACCCGGAAGCAGCAACUACAAUAACCGCGGACCGACCGUUCUCGCAGGAUCCUUAUCAAACGUUACCACCCUUUCUGACUGCCCGGCCUGCAAAGAAAGUCCGGCCCACAGGUUAGAGAUGUGCAACGUGUUUAAACGAAUGUUGGUGAAUGCCCGCGCAUCGCUGUGUGCCACCAACAAUCACUGCUUCAAGUGUCUCGUCCGCGGCGACUAUGGACGGAAAUGCAACUCAACUGAAUCGAAAUGCAAGGAGUGCCAGGGCCCGCAUCAUUCGCUGCUUCACGGAGCCGAACGACAGUUUCCCUCCUCAUCGCGAAACCAAGGUAAAAACCAUACUAUACUAAUGGUAAAGGCACCAACAGCCAAUAUCCGCCCAGUCCUAUUAGCUAUUGUCAAACUCGUAGUGGAAAUGAACAAUUCGGCUGAAACAACCUUCGCGAUUCUUGACCAAGGCAGCGAAGCUACUCUCAUAUCACGAAAGCUAGCGAAUUUGCUUAAGUUGAAAGGUCCUUCAGCCAGCAUUUGCUUCGGCUCGUUUAACAACUCUGUGUUAAUGGAUUCGAACAUCGUAGCAUUCAAACUCAAAUCGAUCGACGGAUCGCAAGCGUUCGACGUUCGCGAAGCGUUUGUUGUCCCCAGCAUUAAUCUUUCGCAACGCAAAAUUAACUGGCCUGGCAUCAAGAAACGAUGGGAACAUUUUGCCGACAUCGACUUACCUGCCAUAGACUCUUCCAAAGUAGAAAUUCUUGUGGGGAUGGACAUGUUACCAGCUCUUCGAACGCUAAACACUGCUGCCCCAAAUGAUGGUGAAACCGGCCCUACCGCUUUGCAAACGUGUUUUGGCUGGGCUGUAGUGGGCAAAAUACCGUUGUGUCUAGUCGCCGGACCGAGCAACAAAAGCAGCGUGAACUUAGGUUUCGUCCGACAAGAACCCUUUCUAUCAGAAGUAAUUGACCGUUUCCAUUUAACUGAAACCUUCGGCGUCGUGGCAAAAGCCGCGAAAACAAAUUCAGCGGCCAACGAAGACGAGCAGAUGUUGAGCAUCUUACAGCGAUCGAUAAAAUUUAUUGGAUGUGGUUACCAAGUAGAACUUCCGCUUCGUCAAGACAGACCGGUCAUACCAAACAACAGAGGACAAGCAGUUUCCCGUUUCUGUGGCCUCGAACGCCGAAUGCUAGAGCCACAUAUGCGCGAGACCGCCGCAAAAUACGUAACCAUUGUCGAGAAUCUUAUAUCGUCAGGAACCGUGGUCGCCGUCAACUGGUCGGACAUAAACAAGCCGGAAGUUGUCUUCGACUGCGCUGCGCUUUACAGAGGUGUGUCGCUUAACCAUUAUCUUUUGCGUGGCCCGCCGUUCAUCCCGUCGCUAGUCGGCAUCCUCCUCCGCGCUCGUCAGUUUCUCGUCGCACUCACCGCUGACAUCACUGCGUUUUACCACAGAGUUGGUGUGGCCGAAAAACAUCAGUCCUUACAACGAUUUGUCUAUCGCGAAUUUGGCAGUAACGCACCAAUCACAACCUACCAAUUCGCAACCCUGGUAUUUGGAGCUGUUUGUUCCUCCUCUGCCGCAAUAUUCACUUUACAGCAUGCAGUCAACGCAAACGUACAAUUUCCACAGGUCGCCGAUAAAUUGAAAGACAAUUUUUAUUCCGACAAUUUGAGCGACUCAUUCGAAACUAACGACGAAGCAAUAAAUUUCGCAAAGCAAGUAACGCAGUCUCUCGCGUCCGCCGGUUUUAGUCUGACAAGCUUCGCGUCGUUAUCCCGGCAAGUCUUGGCAACCAUCCCAGAAAAUCAGCGAACUUCAAACACCGUUGACUUGAAUAAAGACGCACUACCUGUGGAAUAUCUUCUUGGUAUGGUGUGGGAUCUUAACUCGGACUCUUACGGCAUCAGAAUAAAAUCAAUGCCAACGGUUACUACAAAACGAGAAUUAUUGUCCGCAAUUUCUCUCACAUUCGACCCUCUCGGCAUUUGUCUUCCGGCCAUUACUGGCGCUAAACUGUUAUUUCAACAGACACAAAAACUGGCGAAAGAUACACCGGAUGUUCGUGGGUGGGACCAGCCUUUGUCAAUCGAAAUUUUGUCAAAGUGGAAGCAAUGGACCUCCAGCCUCGAAAAAUUGCGCCUUGUUUCUGUAAAACGAUGCUUCCGACCCGCCAACUUUCCCCUCGUAGGCUCCGAUUUUGUGUUGGUCAUUUUUGCCGAUGCUUCGCCCGUCGCCUUCGGAGCGGUCGCCUACCUGCGCGUACGAUUCGGUGAUAAAAUUCAUGUCAGCUUCGUCAUGGCCAAAGGUCGCCUGGCCCCCCUCAAGCCGACAACCAUCCCCCGACUGGAGUUGAAAGCGGCAGUAUUGGCCGUCAACCUGUCGUUGAUCGUGAAACAGGAGCUUCGACUUUCGUUUUCCUCAGUUGAGUUUCAUACGGACUCACAAAUUGUUUUGUAUCAGCUUCGCGCCUUUCACCCCGGUCGUCCAUCAUUUGUAAACAAACGGACAAAUGAGAUUCUACAGCACUCGACGGUUGAUCAAUGGCACUAUAUUCGCAGCAGCGACAAUCCCGCCGACGAUUGUACCCGAGGAAUCGUCCCGAAAGACUUUGGGCCAAAUUGCCGCUGGAUUCGAGGGCCAGAUGUUCUUUUCAACGUGUCGUACACUCCACCGCCAUUCGAUCAGCAAAGCAUUAAGGCUAAAGAAAACGAAGAAAUACAGGCGGUCAAUGUGCAACAGCUGCACGUUGCUAUAAGUUCUUGCCACCCGUUGUCAUCCGCUUUGUCUAAACUCAUCACCCGAAGCAUUCAACUUAACACUCUGAAACGAGAAGCUGCUCUGCUGCUGCGCGGCGACUCCACGUCGAAUGAUGAUCUGAAUUCCGACGAGAUCGCCGAAGCCUUCCGCAUCUGUCUGCUAGUGUCGCAGCAAGACGCAUUCUCACGGGAACGUGCAGCUCUUCAGAAAGGAAAAAUGAUCCCUCGUGACUCCGUCUUGAGGCGGGUCGGGCCAUACCUCGACCCAGACGACGGCCUGUUGAAAGUCGAUGGAAGAUUGGGCCACGCAGUGAUGCCGGCACGUACCCGUAACCCAAUAAUUAUUGCACCGGAUCAUCCGCUUACAAGGCUUAUCAUCAGCGACCGUCAUUUACAAUUGCUCCAUUCUGGUGUGGAACACACGUUGAGUGUUGUUCGUGAGCAGUUUUACCUCCCACAAGGACGCAGGGCCAUCCGGCGUGCACUUGCACAGUGUACCAAAUGUAAGAUGCUGCGUGCUAUGCCUCAGGCACCACGAAUGGCUAGCUUGCCAAAGGAACGUCUCGUGCCCUCCUUGCGCGUCUUCACGAAUGUGGGACUGGACUGUUUCGGGCCCUUUCAAGUUGUGAUUGGAAGACGAUCAGUGAAGCGGUGGGGACUGCUGAUAACGUGCCUUUCCACCCGAGCCGUGCAUUUAGAAGUGCUGGACACGAUGGACGCCGAUUCUUUCAUCAUGGCGUUGCGGCGUUUCAUCUCCCUGCGAGGUCACCCUAGAAUAAUUUACAGUGACAACGGCACCAAUAUCACGGCAGGGGAAAAGGAGCUCAGGCAAGGGAUCGAAAAUCUCAAUUCGACGCGGGUGGCAGCAGAAUUCAUCGACCGCGGGAUCACUUGGAAAUUCUCCCCACCGUAUGCGCCGCAUUUUGGUGGUAUUUGGGAGCGCCUGAUUGGCUCCAGCAAGAGAGCCAUGCGCGCCGUUUUGGAAAACCGCUCGGUAACCGACGAAGUCCUUCGCACGGUUUUCGCAGAAGUAGCCUCACUUCUGAACUCACGGCCUUUGACCAACGUUCAAACUGAUCCGUCAGAGCCAGAGCCGCUCACUCCGUAUCACUUUAUUCUCGGUACCCCCCAACCUCACCGAGCGCCUGAUACUGAAGAAGCAUUCGAUGGCCUCACGCGGCGGAAGUGGAAGCAGGCCCAGUUCAUUGUGGACCAGUAUUGGAGACGCUGGAUGAAAGAAUACCUUCCGACUCUCAUCGAGCGAAAAAAAUGGGAAAGAACUGUCCGUCCGAUCAGAGUUGGUGACGUCGUCAUGAUUAUGGACGAGAAUAGCAGAAGGGGCGAUUGGUUGAUAGGGAGCGUUACGAAAGUGUUGCCCGGAAGCGACGGAAUUGUCCGCGCGGCAACCGUAAAAACUGAACGUUCUGAACUAACCCGCCCUGUUGUCAAACUUUGCUUCAUUUCAGGUUCUCGCGAGUAA